CCCACCCUUUGUUCCCACAGAAACCUCGGGAUUCUCUCUGCAUAAAGCGAUUCUGAACGCUUUAGAGACGUGACAGAGACUUGCUCGCCUUUCCACAACUCCGUGCCCGCCCUACCUCCUCUACCCAGCAACACACGUCGGAGUAUAGCGCCGUAGCCCGCGAUCCUCCAACCCCCGCGUAUUUCAUCAGGUUGAGCCCGCGCGCCAAAAGCCAGGAUUCGGCUCUGAAAUCCGAGGACCACCGUCGACUACUGGCGAAAAGAACCGGACGUGUUGCGUUUGGCGUUUUGAGGCUGCGAGCAUGUCUUUGACCUCGAAUCGGACUAAGCAUAGAGUGAAGCCUCCCCGAAAGGGACUCCAAGGCGAUGCCGGCGGCUUCGAGCAGAUGUGGCCCGAACUGCGCGAUGCGUUUGGCGAGGUGCACAAGAAAUGCGCGUCCAAGCUGUCCUACGAACAGCUGUACCGCAAAGGCUACACCCUGGUGCUGAAGAAGAUGGGCAUCCAGCUCUACGACGGCAUAAAGGAAUCAGAAAGUGUUUGGCUGAAAGCAGAAGUACUCGGUGAGAUACGGGCAGUCUUGGCCGCGGGACAGUUCCAGACAAGCUCGGGCAGGUCGGAGAACGAGCAGCGGAUAUAUGGGGAGGAGUUUCUGAGGAUCAUGAAGAAUACGUAUAAUGAUUAUAUGACGUCUAUGAGUAUGAUUGCGGACGUGCUGAUGUACUUGGAUCGUGUGUUUUGCAAAGAUCACAGAUGCCCGACGGUCUUCUCGAUGGCUAUGGGUCUGUUCCGGAAGAUCGUGCUCGAAGAGUCGGCCUACCCGAACGACCCGGUCAACGUCCUCCGACACCUCACAGACAUCAUUCUGUUUCAAAUACAACUGGAGAGAUCGGGCGAGAUUAUCGACAAGAGCCUGAUACGGCAAUGUGUGUACAUGCUUGAGGGACUAUACGUGACGGACCAGGAGCGGGAAGAGGACAGACUCUACGUGAACGCUUUCGAGCCCCACUUUCUAGACACGAGUCGAGAGUUCUACAAGUCCGAAGCCGAGCGCAUGCUUUUCGAGUCCGAUGCCGGGGCCUACUGUCGCAUUGUGAGGAAACGCAUAAAUGAGGAGCAAGACCGGUGCAGAUCGACGCUCUCUGACUUGACGACGGAGAAGAUUGUCAGGGUCGUCGAGAAUGAGCUUAUCAAGAAUCAGAUCGGUAACAUCAUUGCGUCGCCGAGCGGCGUUCGACAUAUGAUAGACAAUGAUUUGUUUGAUGAACUUGAGCUCAUCUACGAGCUAGAAAGCCGUAUAGAUAAACGCAAGGGGGAAUUGAAGAAGGCAUUGCAGAAGAAGAUUGUGGAGGCUGGCAUGGAAGUCAACAAUGCCGCGAUCGCGGCCUCACAGGCAUCUGCCGCACCAGCCCAGGCAGGUGAGGGCGGCGAAUCGUCUAGUAGAGCGCCCGCCGAGAAGUCUGGGAGCAACCAGACUGUUGCAGCCCUGACGUGGGUCGACGACGUGCUUAAACUGAAGGACAAGUACGACUUGAUCUGGCAACGAUCAUUUGACCAAGACCAAGACCUGCAAACAGCCCUUACGCGGAGCUUCUCUGACUUUAUUAAUUCAGCCACAUUUCCUCGAGGUUCGGAGUACAUUUCGCUGUUUAUCGACGAGAACAUGAAGAAGGGCAUCAAAGGUAAGUCGGAAGCUGAGAUUGACCAGCUGCUUGACAAGGCUAUCACGCUACUCCGAUACGUGCUCGACAAGGAUAUGUUCGAGAGGUACUACAAGAAGCACUUGUGUCGCCGUCUGCUCAUGAACAAGUCUGUUAGCAAUGAUGUUGAGAAGCAGAUGAUCUCACGCAUGAAGAUCGAGCUUGGAAACAGCUUCACGGUCAAGCUGGAGGCUAUGUUCAAGGACAUGACCAUCUCCGAGGAGCUCACCAGCGGUUACAAAAACUUUAUCCACAAUAUGGGAGCAACCGACCCGACCAGAGUGGACCUGUCUAUAUCCGUCCUCACGAGCAUGACCUGGCCAUUAGAGUCUAUGGGUGGUGCGAUUGAGAACAGCGAUUCAGGGGGCAGAUCGAAAUGCAAAUUCCCUCCAACAAUCGAGCGAGUGCGGCAAAACUUUGAACGAUUCUACUCGGAAAAGCAUUCGGGCAGACAGCUGACGUGGCUAUCAAACAUGGGCACGGCAGACAUCAAAGCAAUAUUCCCAAAAGUGCAGACAAAGGAGGGCUACAAGGAGCGGAAGCACGAGCUCAACGUCUCCACCUACGCCAUGGUCGUGCUCCUGCUCUUCAACGACCUGCCCGCCGACCAGAGGCUCUCCUUUGAGACCAUCCACGCCGAGACAAACAUCCCCAAGGCCGACCUUGUCAGAACGCUGCAGUCGCUCGCCGUCUCGCCCAAGACGCGCAUCCUGGUCAAGGAGCCGAUGAGCCGCGACGUCAAGCCGACAGACCACUUCUGCUUCAACGAGGGCUUCAAGAGCCCCUUUGUCAAAGUUAAAGUCGGCGUCGUCAUGGCCGGCAACAAGGUCGAGAACGAGCGGGAGCGGCGCGAGACGGAGCAGAAGAAUGAAGCGUCGCGGGGGUUUGUCAUUGAGGCCGCGAUUGUGCGCAUCAUGAAACAGCGCAAGGAGCUCAGCCACCAACAGCUCAUCGCCGAGGUGCUCAGCCAGAUGGCCGCCCAGUUCAAGCCCGAGGUGGCGAUGAUCAAGAAGCGCGUCGAGAGUCUGAUUGAGCGCGAGUAUCUGGAGCGGCUGGACGGCCAGGACCUGCCUGCGUACCGCUACCUGGCCUGAGAGUCCGAGAGGUGGUGGGCAUGGUGGGUUAGUAAUCGACA